AUGGUUUUUGACUUCUGGUUCUCUACUUCUGCAAUUAUACUCGACUGCUAGCUACUAAUUAGUGAUUACCUGAUUAGCUUAGUUGAGUUCUUUAUUUCAAAUUUGAUAGUAAUUAUAUGACUUCUGGUUCUUUGGUUCUGACUUUGAUAAUUUGACUUCUGGUUAUUUGUGAUUGCUACCUGAAGUCUGGGUUCUUGAAUGAAAUUGAAUUGUGACUUCGGCUCUGUAUUUUCACUUUGAUAGUUUGAAUUGUGAUUGCUACUUUGAAUUUGAGAGUUUGAUUCGAGUUCAAUAGUUGGCUGCUGCUUAAUGGAUGUCUGGAACUUCAUUAAUGAAAUUUCUCUAAUUUCAUUAGUUUAUUAAUCAUUACUAGAACUUCAUUAACUUAAUAACUCAUUUUGCAACUUCUUUACUGCCUACUGGACCAGUGCCUAUAGACUAUAGUUAAGAUAUGUUUAUAUGUUUACAUUUUUACCACAAAAACAAUUAUAAAUCAAGGGAAUAUUCAUCAGUUUUGGUAAUCUUCGAGUUACAUAAAAUCAAACUGAAAAUAGUAAACUAUUGGACCUCAUAUAUCUACUGAUGUUUGUGGAUCAUUUUGUACACCAACUAAGGAAUGACUGAAGAAUCUACACCCAGUUAGAUGCUGAAAUGGUGAACAAAGCAUGGCGGAUCAUACCAAGACCAAUCAUGGAAACCGUUCUCAACAACCACGCUCACCGCCACCGCGUCCAUCAACCACUCAUUCUCCACGGUCCCCGUGGUGUCGGCAAGACCACCCUCAUCCUUGAACGGCAUCUCGAGAACUGGAACAAGGGGCCUCAUGUCACCGGUAACGUCGACUUCGCACAAUCAAUUGAAGAGAACCACCCAUACCAUGGUCAUUCGUUUCCAUGGGCAUCUUGGUCGAAUUGCAAACCACCAUCUCUCCCCACCCUCCGGACCCAACUUGAGCAGUGUCUUGAGUCCAUGGCUGAAAAGGGUGUUCAACUCGGUACCAUAAGCUCCCACCAGAUUUGCAAAACUCUUGGAAAAUGGCAUAACCUGGAUACAUCUCUCAAAAGAAUUAUUCAAACUAAGAACGAAACAACCACCUCCAAGAAGGUUUUGUCCAAUAAAGUUUCAACAUUAUCUUUGUGGGACAAGGCUGUAUGCACGCUAACUGCUCGACUAAAUGCCACAGAGAUCGACGAGAUGUUGGGGUUAAAAGAGAAGGGUAAAAACGUGAGUCUCCAAGAGGCUUCUUAUUAUAGGGAAGCGAUAGUUGCUCUGAAACUCGCUAAGGAAGUGAUCAGGGUUCAACAAGGGUUUAGGGCUAACGCUGUUAAACAUUUGAAUACAACUGGUGGGUUUUCAAGAACUUUGGCUAAUUCAGCUACUGAUUGGCCCUAUUUGUUGCUUGAGUUGUUGUCUGGAGCUGCUCAAUCUGACUACUUUCAGCCAAAGUUGGUAAUAAACAAUAUCGAAGUCUUGAAAAUUGCUGCUUUGGUGGAUGAUUCAUCAGUCUCUGGAUCCAUGUAUCAUGACAGUCUGAUAUGGAGAAUAAUAGCUUUAGGUGCAAAUGAGAUGUGUUUGCCUGUUAUUCUCAUAACUUCUGACAGCUAUUAUUCAUACGGAGCUUAUAUGGAUUUUGGGUUUCCUGACAUUUUCAUUUCCCGUGAGACAUUUGGAUGGACUCCACAACAAGCCAAAGUACAUAUGGUUCCAGAUUACUUUAGCCAAUCAGAGUGGGAUUUAAUUGUUGAGGUGCUUGGGCCAAAUCCACGUCAUCUUUUUGAGAUAUAUGCUCUAAAACAGAGCAAUUACUACCAGUCGGUCAUGGAUGAUAAAGAAAGUACAUUUGAGGACGUUAUAGAUGCAUAUCUAGCACAUUUGCAAGUUACUGUUGUCAAUCCUGCAAUGGAUAGAGCACUGUCAAUCUUGCAAAAGUUUGCUCUUGAUGCUCAAAAGGGCAAAAUUGUAAAAGACAAAUUACGAUUUGGUGCCCCUUGGAAGCACCCACCACGUAAGGAUGACCCUUGCCUGCGUUCUCAAUGGGCAAAGCUUCAACUAAUGGAUUUCAUCCAAUGUUUAGUCAGUGCCGAGUUUGGGAUUAAUUAUUUUGCGGAUUGUAGCCUUGAGAUCUUUGAUGAUCCUUCCGUUGAUGCAAUGAUGGAGGUUGGUUUACUGUAUGUGCAGCGUGAUCCAUCUUUCUUUCGCCCAAUAUCUCGGGCUAUUCAGAGAUGUCUUGUGAGAUGGCUUGUUCAGGAGAGAAUUCACAUGAGCUUUAAAAAUUCACUGCUUUUUCGCUGGCAUCGGGUUUUAAGAGGACGUAGCUAUCGUCAUCUCAUGUUGCAAGUCGGCAAUAAAUAGACUCUAAGUUUAUGCAGAAAAAUGCUGAUUCUUUUAGUGGUAUUGUUGCCUCUUCUAGCCUCAAAAACUAACAGUAAGUGGUGGUUGAGGCUGCAUAAAUGAAGAAAAUUUGGAUAAAUAAAAAACUCCAAUGUAGUAGUUGUGACUUGUGGCUGAAAACAUAAGUAAAAAUUCAAAAAAAAUAAAAAUAAAUCCAGCAUUCAUCCAGACAACACAAAGGGAAAACAAAGAAUAGAAAACUUGAGUAAGACAUUAUUUGCUCCAUGCAUUUUAGCACUUAUGCUUUCAUUUAACAUCUUACUGUAUUUCCACGUUGUCAGUAUUCCAUUAACAGUUACUUGCAGAAGCUUUAAUGUCAACAUCAACAAAGGAACUGAAAUCAUAUGUUCUAUUCCUCUCGUUUUGCAGCUUUUGUACAUCUAAAUUGGCUGGUGAUGGAACAUAUAAAAUCUGUUAAGUCCUUCAUUAAGUCCUACAAUACGAAGAUAAAACAGAUGGGCUAUACCUUUAAAGAUUCGGGUGUGAAACCUGAUCUUUUGAAAGAUGUUACAAAUAGUUGACUUAAUUUUUCUGAGGUUAUGGAGCAACUUCAGUUUUGAUUGAAAUAUAGGUGAGAUUGUUGUUGUAGAACUCAAAAAUUACGUAUACACAUGUGACCAUUUAUUGAAGCUGCAACAUCUAUUCUUUAUUAUUUUA